UACCUGUCACCUUGAGACAAAAAGAAAACAAACAUGGCCACCAUGGAUUGAAGGACAUCGCAUUUUUCAACUCUUUCGGUUGCGAAUUUUACCGAAACAUGUCGACAUCUUGCCUCGAAUCGAUGCUGGCCUAAUCCGUUUUCGCCGCGUGAAGGUCGGCCGCCACAUUAUUUCGGCCGUUCGCGUCUAAAUUCUUGCGUGCUGGCGUUCAAUCGUGCCAGUCGCGCCAUGCAGUCUGCAGCUCUGUUUCGGACAGAGUUCGUCCGGAGAUGCCGACAGUUCGGCAGAAUAGCCUUUCGAAAGUAUCUGCUGGUUACGAACGCGACCAUUUCGUUGGGUCUUUCAGGAGUCGGCGACGUCCUCCAGCAGAACUAUGAGGUGCUGCAGAAGAAGCAGGAGCGGUGGGACCCCGUGCGGACGCGCAACAUGGCCCUUACCGGCCUGCCCAUCGGCGUCAUCUGUCAUUUUUGGUACCAAUUCCUGGACCACAGAAUGCCCGGGCGAACCCUCAGGAGGGUCGUGCAGAAGGUGGUGGUGGACCAGAUUUUGUUUUCGCCCAUCUGCAUAUCGGCUUUCUUUAUUACCCUCGGCGUCUUGGAGCACACCAAGCCAGCCAAGGUGAAGAAAGAGAUCGUGCAGAAGGGUUGGAUGCUGUACGCGGCUGAGUGGAUGAUAUGGCCGCCGGCGCAGGUCAUCAACUUCUACUGGCUGCCAACGCGCUACAGGGUUUUGUACGAUAACACCAUCUCGCUCGGUUAUGACGUCUACACGUCGUACAUUAAGCACGAGGUGCCCUUAGAUGACGACGACGAAGACGAGGACAGCUGACGAAAAGCAAGCAAUCACCUCUGACCCAAACUGUGAUUAACGGACAUUAGUCUGGCUUUGCCGUGCAAAGUUGCAUAUUUUAUUUUUAAAUUAUGUGAUGCACUCAUCAUCUCAGGCGAAUACAAUGUAAAGGCUAAGGUGGUCUUAAAUUUUUUAAGUCCAGCCUUGUGUUAGACACUGCUGGUCACUGUCAAUAAAUUUGAAAAUUGAAA